GAGGGAAAACAGUGCAGCUAUAAGAAAGAAAACACACACAAGGGUGAGAAAGCCUUCUACAGAGACAGCAGAUAAACACACCAGAAGAAGGACAGUAAAGGCUUAGAGAAGAAACGUCAGUUAGACACAGAAAGAAGAGCGAUAAAGGGAAGAAGAGAGAGAAAACCGAAGGGAAGGUAAAGUGUGAGAGACAGAAGGAGGAAGACGUUUUGCUGCUGGGAUCAUGUCUCUGAAUGGGAAGGUGGCUCUGGUGACCGGGGGGGCUCAGGGCAUCGGCAGAGCGGUGGUCCACUCCCUGUUGCAGAGCGCUGCCAAGGUGGUCAUGGUCGACCUGAACAAGAUAUGUGGUGAAGAGAGCAAGGCACAGCUGGACGCCGAGUUUGGAGAGGGCAACUGCAACUUUAUUCCAUGUGACGUGUCCAAUGAAGACGCGCUGCGAGAUGCAUUCCAGAGCACUGUAGACCAGUUUGGUCAUCUGGACAUUGUUAUCAACAACGCCGGCAUCAAUAAUGAAAAGAACUGGCAGAAGACCAUACAAGUCAACCUGACCUCUGUGAUUAAAGGGACCUACUUAGCACUGGAACACAUGAGUAAAGAGUACGGCAAGGAAGGAGGCACCAUUAUCAAUGUAUCCUCUAUGGCAGCCUUCCUGCAUUCUCCUCAUCAACCUGUCUACACCGCUACUAAACAUGGAGUCAUUGGCUUCACUAGAGCUAUGGCGGACGCGUCCUCUCUGGGCCAGUACGGCGUUCGGAUCAACGUCCUAUGUCCCGCCUUCGUCGACACUCCUUUGCUGCACUCAGUGGAACAUGAGGACAACAUGGGCAAGUUUGUCAAGUUCAAGGAUGAUUUCAAACUCAGCAUGAGCAAGUUUGGAGUUUUACAGCCAUCACUGAUAGCGGAGGGAAUGAUGAGGAUGAUUAUUGACACCAGUCUGAAUGGAGCGGUGAUGAAGAUCACAAGCUCCAAGGGAAUCCACUUCCACACCUAUGAACCCAUGUCUGCUUGAGCCUUGAUAUACUGGACUCCGCGCUGCUGCUGAGGAGAAUACAGUGCCUUAAACUGUCUGAAUGCAACACACCAGAAACUGGUUCAGGACACCGGGCUGCUUCUAGACUCAAUAUCCGAACUGCUUCAGAGCAUCAUUUUGAUUCUACAGGAAAAAACUGACCUGAACAAUGCCUGAUCAUGUAUAUAGGCCUAAAGGUGUCCAACACAUGAAUGCUAUCCAAAUAAUAGUAAUAUGCUGUCUGUCUGAUUUUAAUAA